UGACUCCGUUGGCACUCAUCAUUUUGGUAGGAGGCAGAUCUAGUUGAAGCUUUGAAGUCCCAGCAAAGUCAACACAAGAGCUGCAUACGUUUUCUUGUGAGGAUUAGUUCAGAUUGUUGUUCUACCUUAGGCAUUUAGCAGAGAGCAGUCAUUGAAUAUAGUAGAUAAAGAUCUUCUGCUACACAGUAUUUCAGCUUCAACAAUCAACAUGGGCAUCUCAGAUGGAUACAGUGAAGCUAACUUCUCAACUAAAAUAUCUUUCUUUCUUGUGCUAUUGGCUGACGUAGUCAACUGGAUUGGCUUCUGUACCACAUCCUGGUGGGUUCACAAUGAUGAAUACCAAGGACUGUGGCGGCUGUGUAACGGCAUAGUCUGUGGUUAUAUGGACGGUACUCCCGAUGACGACAUGAAUGCUAUUCAAGCUUUCGCCAUAUUCGGCUUCAUUGCCUUGAAUGUUGCAUUUCUUCUCAUUAAUUUAUACAUGUGUUGGGGCUCCUGCAAAGGAAAUGGAGAAACGGGCGUAGGUUCCGUCAUUUUUCUCUUUAUUUCAGCUGGUUCCUGGCUCAUUUCUGUGGCCAUCUUUGGUGCCGGGUAUGAUGAUCGUCUGGGUAGAUUUGGCUACUCCUAUGCCCUGGCAGUGUCUGCAGGCAUCUUGGCUCUGCUUAGCGGAUUCAUCAUGCUCAUAGGUGGACGUGGAAACGAUGUCCUCUCAAAAUAAUAAUCUUCAUAAAAGGCGGCAAUAUUAAAAGUUACCAAAAUAAUGAACAUUUCAAGAAACGCAUUGCAGAGAAUUCCAGUCAAGAUUUCAGCCCAAUUUUUGAAAGUAUCCACAAAUGUGAUAUUGUUUGUAUCGUAAUUCAUUUGCAAAAUUGGUUUAAAUAAAGUUUUUUUUUUAUGUACUUAAUACCAUGUUUAAAAGCACUGCUGUUUUCACUACCAUUUAUUUUAUCACAGCCUUGUUCAUCCCAUUCACUAGUAAGCAUCCCUAGUUAGUCUCUCUGGAAAAGUGAUUUAUUGGCUUAAAUAUAGAUUUGUGUACAUUGGUCCCAAUAAGAGGUUAGCAGAGCAUUAAUGAAUAUGAAUUUAUUCUAUAUAGUCAGUGCCACCGAUGUGUUGACCAUUAGCAUUAUAAAAAUAAUGUGAACGGCGUUUUGUUUUGGGUUCCCAAAAUUUGCACUUUGUACAUGAAUAAGACAUUCACAGUUACUUCAAAUUAAAUUUUGUAAUCUUAAAAAGAGAACUUCAUUAAAAUUGUCCAUUGUUUAGAGAUUUUUGCGAUAUUAUUUUCUUGUCUCGUUGAGAUUAAGUGUUAUCUCCUUUCUCAGCGCAUUUCUAUUUCUAGAGCAAAACUCGAGAAUGAAAUCAAGCGGAUACUGUACAUUUAAAAGAAGUGAAAGUAGGAAUGGAAAGGAGGCCACGACUAUCACGUGAUUCUUUGUUGCCAUUACUACAUUAAGUAUUGUGAAAUAAUUAAUAAUGUUGUUGACAUCUUAUAUAAUUAAUGUGCAUUUAACUAUCAAUCCUAAUAUAUUUACACGUUGUAUUCAGUUAUUCUAGUAGAAAACAUGUUUAUCUUUUAGUGUAAAAAAAAUGUAAAGAAAAAUAGUUCGUAUAUUUACUUUUGUAAUUUGAAGGCGCAAGUUUUUGUUUUUUUAAAUGUUAUAUUUAGUAUUGAGUGGGUGUGUCUUUUAACUUUCUAUGAUUUGAUCACUCGUUGCAAAAUUAAACUUAAUGUGAUCAGUACAUUUACUACAUUAUAUGAUUGCAAAAAGUAUGCACAACUUCCUAAAGCUAUAAGUUUAAUGAAGUAGGAAUGAAUACUUUUUCUGAAAAAGAACACAAACCUAGGGCACCGUACACUAGGGCCCCCACUAUCUGUUUUUAUUCAGAUAAACUUCCCCAAUAUCAAUCAGAAAAUUCCGAGAGAUUUAUUGAGUGUGUUGUCAUUAUAUACACAAUGCAUAAUAAAUUCUACUGUAAAUAACCUUUAUUCAUUAUUGUAUUACAUGUUUCAUAUCAUUAUCAUUAUCAUGCAAUAAACUAUGAGAUAUCUAUAAA